AUGAAUCAAGAACAGCCUACCGUCGAUUCAAACGAUAUUGGCAGCAAUAUCCGGAACAGCGACAAGUUCUUUACUGACGCUGGAGAUAUCGACAACAACAUAUAUAACAGCAGUGAAGCUAUCGAUUCAUUUUCUCCUUUUUCACACUCGGAUAACAUGUCCCCUACGAAUGAAAACUCCGCAGCCAGCCCGUCACCGACAGAGGACGAUUACAGCGACGAUACAGUGCCCGAGACUCUACCACAACUAAACGAUGUAGUCGAAAACAAUAACGAGGUAGAAACUCUGAGUCAGCACCUGAUCAAACAUAUUUGGAACAAUAACUUUUCGGCUCCCGUUGGCCGAACUUUAGAAAACGGUGCAACUGUCCUAGAUGUAGGCUGUGGGACCGGAGCUUGGCUGCUGGAUAUGGCAGAAACUUAUUCCAAGUCUAAGUUUUAUGGCGUUGAUUUGCUUCACGCUUUUGGAUCACAGAUCCCAACCAACGUCACCUUCGUCAGAGGCGAUAUUCUUGCGGGAUUACCAUUUCCCGACAACAGCUUCGACUUUGUCACGCAACGAUUCUUGUCGAUGAGAUUUUCUGACGAUGAAUGGAAGACGAAGGUGAUAAAUGAGUUGGUUCGAGUCACUAAACCAGGAGGAUGGAUCGAGUUGAUGGAAUGUGACAUCGAACUUGUGAACUGUGGCAAUGAUACGAAGAGAAUUAUAGUAGCCUUGCAGCACUACUUGCAUUCUAAACAUGCUAACGAAAGAUUGGCUCAGGAACUACACGAAUACUUGGCAGCGAACGAUGAGUUGCAACAGAUUGGAAGAGAAACUAGAGAUAUAGAAAGUGGAGGAUCGACCAUAAUUGCGCAGCAAGCCCGUAACGACUAUGGUAAUUUUCUCAUGUCAAUCCGCGAUGACCUCGCCCAGUCCAUGAGAAUGAGCGACAUCCAUUAUAGUGCGCUUUGGGAGGUGAUCCAUAAUGAAAUGAAGCGGCUGAACACGAAAAGACCUACGCAUCGGGUUUUCGCGCAAAAGAAAGAAUUGUAA